AUGCACGACCUCUUCCAUGGCCAACUCCACAUCCUCGUCAACAACACCGACCAAUCUCUCUACAAGCACGCCGCGGACACCACGUCCGACGACUACUCCCGCCUCAUGGCCAACAAUCUAAUCGCUCACCUCGUGCACAUGUCCUCCAUCGCCUCCUUCAUCACGUACCCGGCACUGUCCCUCUACUCGCUCACCAAGGGUGGCCUGAUUCCGCUCACUAGGAGCCUCGCCGCUAAGUGGGCGCCACACCUUGCCCCGCACCUCCAUCACCCAGCUCCGGAGCGAACGACGGGGACUCAGCAAAUAGGAGGAGCAGCAACGGCGAGGUAG